GGAUCCUCAGCCGUGAUACCGCCAACUGAUAAAGUGAUGGAAGAGACUAGUUAAGAGGUUCGCAAAGGAGGUUCAUUGUAAAAAGUCCAUGGCUUUCCUAUGAGGUCCAUGAGAUCCGAGGAAGGGAAAAACCGGCCCAAGAAACAAAAUCCCGAUCCUCUUUCAUCCCCAUUCUACUUCACUUCGAGCACCGAGGUUUGCGAUAACUGCGCAAGCCAGGAGCAGCAAGCUCAGCUCAUUACUAGCACGACUCCCAUUACGUCGCUGUUACUGGACUAUGCCAAUAUUGGGCAGUUGGGUAGUAUGGGCGAAGAGGAUGUUGAGCCAUUCCUCAUCAAGAACUUGAAGUGGCGUGUUCAGACUGUCAUUGACCCCAGAGACCUGGACAGAGAUCACACGAUGAAACUCGGUAUCAGCCGCAAGAUGGCGCCCAUGCCUGGGCAGACUGGGGAUGUUCAGUACUUCUUCCAUCCCAAGAUCAUUGAAACCAUCAUCGAUAACUCCUCACCCCAAAUGACGCCCUUGACUGUUCAGUAAGGGUGAGUCUAUCAACAUCAAGCUUCAGUACUAUCAAACAUAUCUUGAACAAUUCCGUUGGGUAUUCACAUGCAAUUAAUUGUGCC